AUGAAUAAAAAUCUAAUAUUUUUAUCAUUUUUUAUUACCACAGUCUUCUGCAGACUUAAUGUUUGUAAAACAAGUUGGUUAAUUACUUGCCUUAAAGCUAGAAGUCCUAGAGAAUUAAAAGAAUAAAAAGAAUUAAAAGAAUUAAACAACUAUUGUGUAUUCGUAAAUUAAGAUGAUGAUAUGUUUGAUUCUGAUGGCUUGAGGUUUUCCCUUAAAUAUGAUUCUAUAUGUAAUAUUUGUAGAAAUAAAAGAAACUUAUUUUUCUCAGAUGAAACUUGCGAAAAAUUCCCAGAAUCCCAUUAAUUUUAAUCUAAAUUCUACAUUAAAAUAUAAAAAAAUAAUUUAAAUGGAUAUUUAGCUAUCGAAGCUGAUAAUAAUUAAAUUAUUUUUCCUAGUUAUGUUGAUGCUAAAUUUUAAGAUGAAUAUGAAAUUCUGGCUUAGAUCGGGAAAGGAAAUUACGCACGAGUAUAUUCCGCUGUUUAGAAAAGUUCUGGAGUUAAAUUUGCUGUAAAAUGCUUUCAAAAAUAAAAAUUAUAGGAAAUAGAUAAAGGGAUGUUAUCUUUACACAAUGAACUCAAAAUAAUGAGAAAAAUAAAAGAACAUGAAAAUGUAAUUAAAUUAUUUGAAGUUUUCGAAGGCGAAAAUACAUUUUAUUUCGUAAUGGAAAUAGUUGAUGGAAAUUCUCUAUAUGAAGAAAUAAAAAAGAAAUAAAAUAAACCUUUCCACGAAGAUGAAAUAAAAGAUAUUUUAUAAAAAUUAAUAAAAGGAAUUUCUUAUUUAUAAUAAUUUAAUAUAAUGCAUAGAGAUAUUAAACCAGAAAAUAUACUUUUGGAAAGAAAAGAAGGUAAAAACACAGUUAAAAUUGUAGAUUUUGGACUUGCUAGCUUUGCAGAUGAAUUUCCUUAUAUUUUUCCAAAAUGUGGAACACCAGGAUUCGUAGCACCGGAAAUUGCAAAUUUAAUUGAUAAAAGUAAAGGUUAUUCAAUUAUUUGUGAUGUUUUUUCUAUAGGAGUUAUUUUUCAUAUCCUAUUAACAGGUGAAAGUAUAUUUCCUGGGAAGAAAUUUAAUGAUGUAUUGACAAAAAAUAAAUAAUGUGAGAUUAAUUGGAAUUCUUAGUUAUAUGAUGGAUUAAAUAUAUAUUGUAAAAAUCUUUUAUAAAAUAUGCUUUAAAAAUGUCCUGAAAAGCGAAUUAAUUGCUAAGAAUGCUUGGAACAUCCAUAUUUUGAUUUUUAGAAGAAACUUUAGCUCGAAUUUGGAAAAAAUGAAGAUUAUUUUAAUUGUUUAAAAGAUAAAAAUUAGAUUUUGAGUUAAAAAGGAAUAAAACUAAAUGGUAAUUUUGAAUUUUUUAAUGAUUUUGGGAUAAAAGAAGACUUAUAUAACUUAUAAUUAAAAGCAAUAAAUUUUUAGAAAAACUGUAAAUAUUAUUAUAUUAAUUUUUUUAUUUAUUUAUUUUAUUUUUUUUAAAAAAAAAGAAAAUUAUGA